AGGUCUCGCUUUGGCAUUCCUUGAUCCUGGACUAUAAUGUGUGUUGUAUGGAAGGACCGCCGAUGCUAUGGUAGAUACUAGAGUAGAUAGGAUCACCCUUCUACUACAGGCUGCCUCCCUCUCCCUUGCUCGCUGGUCGGCUGGUGCCUGGUGGCUGCGCAGUUCAAACGGGGCGGCUUCGCUCGCCGUUCUAAAGCCUGGAACGCGAGUGCGGCUUUGUUUGUAGCAGACGCGGAGCGCGGCUUUAGGGCUUUAGCGCUUUGGUCGUCCAAUCCAUCGGCUUUUUCCACCCGUUUUAUUAGCGAGAGCUUUACACGGGGCCGGCGCCCGGCCUUGUUAAGCUGCUGUUAUUGCUCCGCGAAAGGCACGGAGGGAGACCGCCACCUCUGUGACUCUUCCUCGCUAAGCAAACGGGGCAGGCCCGAGACCAGGGGUUGGCUCGCCGCAGCCCGCAGCCUGCCGGGAAAAGCGAGGGCGCGCGAAGCCCGUUGUUAGAAUAAUAAGAAGCUGCGGGCCGCCUGUGCUGUGAGACGCGCGGAGUCUCAUCAGUUCGUAAACCUCUCUCUGUCUCUCUCUCUGUCUCUCUCUCUCUCUCUCUCUCUGAUUGUGUGUGUGAGGGUCAGAGGAGCUCUGGAGAUGACGGAGAGAAGAGAGCUUCGGCUGCUGCUUGCGCUCUUGGGAGUCCUGCACCUCGUUCGUCUUGUACCUUUGGCAGCGUCGCAGUCCUUCAUCGGCAUCAACUACGGCGAAGUGGCCGACAACCUCCCGCCGCCGUCGUCCACGGCGCGUCUCGUCCAGUCCACAACCAUCACCAAGGUGCGCCUCUACGGGACGGACCCGGCCAUCGUCUCCGCCUUUGCCGGCACGGGCAUCUCGCUCCUGCUCGGCGCCACCAACGGCGACAUCGCCAACCUUGCGUCCUCGCCCGCCGCCGCCGCAUCCUGGGUCGCCGCGAACCUGCCGGCCAAGUCGCCGGCCGUCUCUACCGUCUCCGUCGGCAACGAGGUGCUCUUCGCCGACGCCUCGCUCGCCUCGCAGCUCGUCCCGGCCAUGCAGAACCUGUACGACGCGCUGCCGCCCAACUCCAGCGUCAAGGUCUCCACCGUGAACGCCAUGGACGUGCUCGCGAGCUCCGACCCGCCCUCCUCCGGCUCGUUCAAGCCGGAGCUCGCGACGGCGCUCGACCCGCUGCUGGCGUUCCUGAGCAAGACCGGCUCGCCGUUCCUUAUCAACCCGUACCCUUACUUCGCGUACCUCAGCGACCCGCGGCCGGAGACGCUGGCCUUCUGCCUGUUCCAGCCCAACGCCGGCCGGCCGGACGCCGGGUCCGGGCUCACGUACACCAACAUGUUCGACGCGCAGGUCGACGCCGUGCGCGCCGCGCUGGACGCCAAGGGGUACAAGGACGUGGAGAUCGUGGUGGCCGAGACCGGGUGGCCGCACAAGGGCGACACCGACGAGGCCGGCGCCACGGCAGAGAACGCGCGCGCGUUCGUGUCGGGCCUCGUGUCCCACCUCAGCUCGCUGGCCGGCACGCCGCGGGCGCCCGGCAAGUCGGUGGAGACGUACAUCUUUGCCCUGUACGACGAGGACCUCAAGCCCGGCAAGGCGUCGGAGCGCUACUUCGGGCUGUUCCAGACUAGCCUCACCGAGACGUACCCGACGGGGUUGCUCAGGAACGGCACGGCCGGACUGAUACCGGCGCCGGCGCCGGCGCCGACGACGACGUCCGCCCCGGCGCUAAAGCCAACGCCAGGGCAACAGCCACAGGUGACUCCAGGGCAGCAGGGCUCGACGGCGGCAGCUGGGCCUUCCGGCCUCUGCACGCCGGCGGGGCCAGGGACGGCUACGUCGAAAGGGACCACCACCACCACUGCCUGCGCUCAUCCUAAUGCUGCUGAAUCGUCUCGCACUUCCUCGAUGCUCCCUAUUAUUGCUGGUUUUUGGUUCAUAGCUUUGCAGAUGUUUAUAUGACCUUUUCUUUAUGCUUUUUCCAGCUAAUGUAUCGUGCCACCUUUUGUAAUCGUAGUACGUGUUUCACGAUCCAAGCACAGCGUCUAGAUUUCAAGUA